GUAUUGUUCCACAUUCAUUGCUAUGCCCAGCUUACUGAAAGCUCUGAAUUGUUCAACAUUCACCUGGAAUCCUGGAGUCCUGGGCAAAUCCUGCAGGAGAUUUCGUUGAAACAAACAUGAAUUUCUGAUUGCUGCAUGUUGCAGUUUCUGUUGUCGUUGGAGGUCCACAGCUAAAGCUGCCAAGAAGCAUCAUUGAGCAUGAACAUAGAGGUGAGUCAUGGCAGAUCGGCGCAAACAUCGUCGGCCUGUGAUUGCUUCCAUCGUUGCCUUCACACUGCUUGGACUCUCUUGGACAUGGUCUGCUACCUGCUUCGGCAAGAAGGGCAGCAAGGAAUUGCCUUCAGAUGACAAGGCAAAGAUUGUGAGCCUUGUUGGCCGAGAGGUUGUUGACAGCAGAGGGAAUCCCACCGUUGAAGCAGAGUUGACCACAGGCUAUGGCACGGUCCGGGCCAUCGUGCCCAGCGGUGCCUCCACCGGGAUCUACGAGGCUUUGGAGCUUCGAGAUGGGGGAAGUCGCUACAAAGGAGCAGGUGUCACUAAGGCGGUCUCGAACAUCAACCGGAUCAUUGCGCCCAAGCUGAAGGGCAAAGACGUCCGAUUUCAGAAGGACAUUGACGAUUUUAUGGUCCAAACUCUUGAUGGCUCGCAGAACGAAUGGGGCUAUCCAAAGUCCAAGCUGGGCGCCAAUGCCAUUCUGGCGGUGUCCAUGGCAGUGUGCCGCGCGGGCGCAGAGGCCUUUGGUCUUCAGCUCUUCGAGUACAUCGGAGAACUGAAGGAGACGAAGUUUGAGGUUGAGCAAAUCGAUGUUCAGAGGGCAAGAAGAAAGUCUUACAAGAUGCCUGUCCCCAUGAUGAAUGUCAUCAACGGCGGCCGGCAUGCCGGCAACAAACUUCCAAUGCAGGAGUUCAUGAUCGCCCCGACUGGUGCGAAGUCUUUCAAGGAGGCCCUCCAGAUCGGAUCAGAGGUCUACCACUCGCUCCAGAGCGUCGUGAAACAGAAGUAUGGCAAGAGUGCGGCUGCCGUCGGCGAUGAAGGCGGCUUUGCUCCUAACAUCCAGGAGAACGAUGAGGGCUUGCAAGCCCUAGCAGAGGCCAUCAAAGAUGCCGGCGCAACUGGAAAGGUAAAGCUUGCGAUGGACAUCGCGGCCUCUGAAUUCUACAACAAGGAGGACAAGACGUACAACUUGGGAUUCAAGGUGGAGAAUCCGGAUCCUUCGCUAAUUAAGACCAAAGAAGAGCUGGUGGCCUUCUACAAGGACAUCGCCUCUAGGUUUCCAGUCGUUUCCAUCGAAGACCCCUUCGACCAGGAUGACUGGGACGCCUACAGUGGUUUGGUGGAAGAACUGGGGAAGAGCGUGCAGAUCGUUGGCGAUGACUUGCUUGUUACAAAUCCAAAGAGAAUCCACUAUGCUCAGGAGCACAAGGCAGCCAAUGCCCUUCUCCUGAAGGUGAAUCAGAUUGGUAGCAUCACUGAAGCCAUUACAGCCUAUUUGGACAGCGUUUCCACCGGUUGGGGAGUCAUGGUCUCUCAUCGAAGUGGCGAAACAGAGGACACCUUCAUUGCCGACUUGGCCGUCGGCUUGAGCACGGGACAAAUCAAGACCGGUGCUCCUUGCCGUUCAGAGAGAGUGGCGAAGUACAAUCAGCUGCUGCGAAUCGAAGAAUACCUGGGCCGACGGGCAAGCUAUGCUGGGGAGAAGUUCCGAGACUCCUGAGAGGGAUUCUCGACCAUGAAAGUGACCCCAUAAGACAAGGACAAAAGUACUGAGCCUAGGGCUUAGCUUGUCACUGCUCUUUUUGAUUGUGAU